AUGUGAGUUCGGCCCAUUACUUCCCCGCAACCACCAACACCUCCUCCGUACACCUGAACCGGUUCAUACCUGGUUCUAUUGAGCCGCCUCUACCUGUGCACAAGAGUGAGGCAGCAGCUUCUCAAUACAUCUUCCCCAAGGACACUUCCGAUAUAUCACACCCAGAAGCGAGUGCUUCGUGGUCUUUUUUUGAUGCUGGGUUUGUCAGGGGCAGGAGUGGCAGUUGGAUUCAGGGGUAAAGCAGUGAGCGCCGUGCCACAGCUGCUGUUGCACUCGACAGCACGGGAGAUCUCAUGAAGUCUGCACUGUGCAUGUUGAGUUGGAAUCAGAUAUGCAGUUGUUACAUAACGCCAAGUGGUUUGCGGCUGGACUAGGACUGUGUUUGCAAAGCUGCCCUUAUUGAUUGUUGUCUGCGCCUGUCGCCCUCCAGCCUACUUUCCUGGUUAAUAGUACUGCCGGCUAACAUGCAAAACAGCAACGCCCGCUUCCGCGGCCAGAGAAACCCCAACUCGCCGGGCACAAGCUCUCCAGGCCCCGAGCAACAACAAGCACUCGCACAAGCACAGGCACAGGCACAAACACCAGCGGCUAGCCAGUCCCCAGUCCACGCUUCCCCAGGGCAUCAGGGAAGCCAUUCUUCCUCGUCCAAUCUUUCAGUGAAGCUCCCGCCGCUCCCCACCUCGCCAUCACUUGCUGAGACCAUCGGCAUGGACCAGUCCAGCGGCAUGAUGCCGUCCGCCGAGGAGGUUCUCGCCUCCUACCACCUCCCUGUCGUCAAACCCCUCUGGCUCAAUGCGAACUAUGCCAAGCACAUCGUCAAGGGCAACUUCUUGACAUUGAGCGCAAAACCCAAGACCGUCGAGAUGGGGGAGUGGAUCGCACACCAGGUUGUCGACCACUGGAGGAUGCUCAUCACCUUCAUCCGCUUGGUCCACGAUAAGGAGGAAGAUGGGUCCUCGAUCUGCAACUCGAGGAGAUGCCCCAAGAUGUCAGCGGGAGGCAAUCACUCCUUUACCUGGCUCAACUCGCGGUACCAGCCCGUCGAGAUUCCGGCCUACGAGUACCUGACGCUCGUCCAGCGUUACAUCUCAGGUAAGAUCGACGACGCUACCAUUUUCCCAACGGACCCGGCCGGCGUCUCAUACGCCGACAACCCGGCAUACUGCACUCCAGUCCUAGAGUCUGGCCAGGACUGGGUGGGCAAGCGGAGCGGGUUUCCCCAGAACUUCAUGGAGACGUGCCAGACCAUCUUUCGCCAGAUGUUCCGCGUCUAUGCGCACCUGUAUUGGUCGCAUUUUGACGACAUGUUCAGCCUGAACCUCGAGAAGUCGAUGAACAGCUGCUUCAGCCACUUCAGCCUGACAGCGACCACGCUCAACCUGCUGAAAAAGUCGGAUCUUGAGCCUAUGCAGCCUCUUAUCGAUCUCUGGGCCGCUCUGGGAACCUUCCCUCAGGGGUCCAAGGCUUUCGAAAUUGCGAACCUCCAGGUCGGGCAACUGCUCGUUCAGAAGGCGGGAGGGCCGCCGGCCAAUUGAUAGCCAGGUUGUGCAUGGAAUAUGUUUGCAUAGAAGGCGAGGCAACAAUUCGCGGGGCGUGUGGACGGCACCGUUACGGUCCUGGUGAGGUUUUGAAAGAGCAGGUCCAUUGGCUGGGCAGAUGAUAGGGAGCGUAUACCCUUGGUCUAUGAUGUGGAUGGGUCUCAGUUACUCACUUCAGUCGUACGGUCCAGGAUAAAAGCAAGGCUUGCGUAUACUACACACUGAUUUGCGUAGUUGAGCAACUCGGGAGUUUGACUGUCAUCUUACCAGCGCUCGCCGCCGGUGACUAGGCAGCGACAAAGCUGCGCCCUCUCAACCUACGCAGAGACCUCACUGACCUUGUACUCAACAAUGACUGGCUUCCCGGGCUCAAUGACGAACCGCCCCGACCCGACAUACACUUUCUCCUCCA